GACAUCUCAAUGUUGGCUUUGAUCCCUGUCUAACCCAUACACCAUGUCCUUCGACUACAUCCGCAAGCUCGUCUCUGGUAACAAAGCCAGAUUUAUAGAUCCCGAAGCGGCUGUUAAUCUCGAUCUCGUCUAUGUGACCGACAGGAUCAUCAUUAUGGGAUACCCAGCAACAGGGGUUGCAGCGCUGUAUCGUAACAAACGUCGAGAUGUUCUCAGGUUUAUAACAUCAAGACACGGCGAGAAGUGGUGGAUUUGGAAUUUGUGUCCGCUGUAUGAGAAUGCUUAUUCUCCUGAAAGCAUGCACAAUCGUGUAUCGAGAUACCCGUUCCCCGACCACCACCCUCCACCAUUACCUCUCUUGCCAUUAGCUGUCAGGGAGAUGACCGCAUGGCUGGAAGGGGAUGAGGAACGGAUUGCUAUCAUCCAUUGUAAAGCCGGAAAAGGUCGAUCUGGUACCCUCUUAUGCUCGUAUCUCCUCUCAUUAUCCGAGCUUCCUCCACCUCCAGAGCUUGACCGUUCUUACUCUUACAAAGAGUUAGCUAGAAGAUUGGCGCAAAGAGAAAAACAGAAAGCCCAUAGUCAAGAGCAGAGUGCGUCUCCUUCUGAUGUCGAUGCCGAAGAUAAGGAAGGUUGGGUGUUCAUCGGAGGUGGAAAAGAAGCUGCGACAUUACAAGUUGAUGACGAUCCUUCUGUGGAGCGAGGAGGCACUUUGACACCUGCAAGAUCAGAGAGGAUUCAAGUUGGCCCAGUCGUCAAGGGCAAUGAUCAUGAAGACGAUAAUGAUACCGCCAGUUCCUUCUCUUCCACCACAACCAUAUCCCGGCCUUCUCCACCUCCCUCGGAACGUAUCGAGCUCCAAAGUACGCCUCCUUACGAUCCUAUUGACAUCGGAGAUGAACGUCCAGCGGGGCAGAAAGGUCAAGAAGAUCGAGCAGAUGGGAGAGUCGAUGAAGUGUUCAAGCUGCAUUCGAGUAGGAGAAUGAAACCUACUAGUACAGGACGUGGCGUUUCCAUUCCUAGUCAACGUCGAUGGUGUAGAUAUAUCCACCUCUUAUUCAACAACCAAGCACCUCCCUCUUACCUCUCCCUUACUCCCCGACACUUGCGCCUCCUCUCCGUCACCCUGCUCCUCACCCCUCCAUCCGGCUGGCAGAAACCCCUCGCAUCCCUCUUGGUCGGUUCGGGAGGUACAGGACAGGGCAAAGCCUGGGCUUCGGUGGCGAGAUACGAUGAUGACUACGUAAAAGAAUUACAAAAUAGGGGAGGAACAGGUGAAGGCGUACGUGGGGAAAUUACCUGGGGUGGAGUCGCAGGAGAUGGGAGAUUUGAUGCACACAAGAUGUUUAGGAGUUUUGGGAAGAUGGUGCCUGCUGAUGUAAAUAAGGAUGUAGUCGCGGUUCUACCAAAAGAUCAUCAAAAUUAUGUAAUACACCACCUUGCACCUAAUCACUCUCACCUCACGCUUGACCGUUCUCGCGAAUUCCGACUAAAGUUCCACCUUGGUAACCUGCCCCUUGGCUGGACGUGGCUAAUCCCCGCUUUCCACCUCCCGGAGCCUUCUUCGUCUAACAGUGAAGGAGGGGAAGGGGCAGUAAAAAGAGUACAUACCCUCUCUUUCCCUCGUUCCCAAGUCGACUUUCCCCUCGGCCCAGGCGCGGCGCUCCACCAAGUCCUUAUCAGGCUUGAAGAAGUUACUGAGGACCGCAUGGGCGAGGACGAUGAGGUACCUGCAAGGUUGAUGAAUGACGAGGAAGAAGAGAGGGAAGGGAUAGAAAAUGAUAGCAAAGAGGAUAAGGUGAGAGAGGAGGGAGAGUAACGUGUCGCUGUUUUGUACGUAAUUAUUGUAGGACAGUUUAUCAUUUAUUAUACAUGAGCAUGUAGCAUAUCUGUACAUAAUAGCCAUGUCUUCGGAGGUUGGAUCAACGCCCAUUAAUAUGUUCUUGUUAUAAACGAGUCCUUCCCAAGUCGUAAUUGAAGCGCUAUAGCUUAGGCCGCAACGAUGAAGGACAGAUAAUAGAGUUACUUGCGAGUGUAGCAUCAUUUGCCGCUCUCGUGAAUUAUUUGUGAUAACGGCAAGUGGUGAAUGGUGAGAUGAAAGAAGGCGUGAGAAAAGAAGAGGAACAAAAGGCAUUUGUUCAUCAGAUGGUACAGCCAUGGGCAACUGCCAAAGGAGCGUGACUACCU